UAUAACAGUUGUAUCUUCCGCCCUGCACUUGUUAUGCACAUGUGCAGUGGCAUGUGUGAGAACGUAUAGUACUGUCUAUGAUAGAUCGGCAAUCGGCAGUCACUCAGUGUCUUUGUUGAAUAAUAGUGUCAUAGUUCUAAAAGUUGUGUAGUAUUAAAUUGAUCAUAUAAAAAAUUAACAAUAUUUAAAUGGAAAGAACAAAAAAUGUGUGUCUUUAAAAUGUGUGAUCCAGUACAUCCGUUAUUGCGCAUGCGUAUGCUUAUGAACAUGCACUUGCAAAAUGCAUAUAAACUUUGAUGAAAUUGGCCUAGAUUUAGUUGGUGUGGCAUGUGUUACAUGUAAAUAACAAACUAUUCAAAGAGAAAAUAACUAUGGAUUUAACAACAGACAAGAAAGACUAUGAGAAAACACACUCCCCACCCACACCAACAGCAGACAGAGACGGCCAUGACAGCUCAAACCACAGCAAAGAACCAUCACAGCAUGAGGCCGGCACUGCAGCUGGUGACUGUGAUAUAGACAGAGUAGGGAAACCAAAGCCCUCUUUGGUGGAGAAUCUGCCGACCAACACAGUAGGGAAACCAAACCAGAACCUGGUUGAGAAAUUGCCUGUUAACAUGGUGGGGAAGCAGCUCCCCCUAGGGGUCAGAAAGCCUGACACAGUGACAAACAGACAGGUGGCAGAGAUCACGGCCACCAGACAGGACAGUGAUGUCUCAAUAAGGGAGGAACACAGUCAUCAACAAGAUAUGGUCAUAAAAUGGCAUGGCGAGACUUUGAAUGGAUUAAAUGUUUCAAAAGUGAGGGAUAACAUUGGUGCAAAAAAUGAUAAAAGUGAAAUCGAAACUUCAGAACAUACUUGUGAUGAGGAUACAGCACUACAGGUUGGCCUUUCAAAUAUGGAGGAAAGGAAGUUAGAAAUAGAUGAGAGUAACAGACCAAGUGUUAUAGAGGAUGAGGAUCAGUAUCAGCUUCCCGACACACAAAACCCCGAGUUACAGCCACGGGGAGGCAGUCCGCAAUUCCACAGUUCAAGGCCACGAGUGUUGCCGGGAGCUCACCCAGCACACAGCGUCCACAGUACUGUAGGAAUUUCACGACCGGGCAUAGGGAUGGGGCAUGGGUUACCAGUUCCCAUCCACCUUGAAAUAGAGAGGCGACAUGAGGCCCUAGUAGGGGAACCGCAACUCCACAUGCAGGAGAUGAGCUCAACUGUCUCAUCACCCGGUUCUGGAUCAAAGACGAGCCCGCUUAACAAUAACCUGAAGUGCCUGGUGUGCGGGGACAAGUCAUCGGGUAUCCACUAUGGGGUGCUCGCUUGCGAGGGGUGUAAGGGGUUCUUCCGACGGGCGCUACAGGACGUUGGAGACCCCGCGCGUAAGAAGUGCUUCUACAACAAGAACUGUGAGAUCACCAUCCUGACCCGCAACCGCUGCCAGUACUGCCGCCUGCAGAAAUGUCUCGCUCUCGGCAUGUCUCGAUCAGCUGCAAAGCUUGGUCGCAGAUCACGGAAGAUGCGGGACCUAAUCCGGAGUAUUGAGGACAAGCAGACGGAGCAGGCUCUCCAUGGUCUUCUCAGCCUCAACUCGGACAGCGAGUCGCGCACACUCAUUGACAGUCUGGACCAGAAUGAAGUCAACCUGAACCGGCAAGAGAUCAACCAUCUGUCUGUUGCGGCCCUGCAAAUGUUGUUGAAACAGCGCGCAGAGUGUGGGCCCAACUACCCCCGCCAGCGAGCCCAUGGGGCAACCCCACCCCGUCAUAGCAGCCCACUACUUGAUGGCCCCCCUCUGGCUCAUUCCGGAAUGAAUCGUGUCGAUUCUGACCAGCCCCUUGAUCUCUCAGACGAGUCAAAUCUGUCAAACACGCAAGACCAUUUUAAUGGCGUACAAACAUCCCUGCCACUGAAUCUGAUAACUACUGCUUCCACGCGAGCCCAGAUGAUGGGGUCUAUAUUAAAUAUGCAGUCUCAAUUGCCAUUCCAUUUACCACACUCACCACUGGCCAUCAAGACAGAAGAUGGCCACAUAGAGGACCGGCGGUCUCCUUACUUGCCCAUGUUUGAUCCCUCUCUCACUGUUACAUCACGAAAUAGCCCAAGUGUUCUGAAGUCACAAAGUCUCGUAGCUCAGCAGUACGCUAUUCAGCAGCAGCUGGCAGCAGCGAUGGUCCAGCACCACCUGGCUGUUAACAGUGCCAGUCUGGACCUGACGACCACUACACCAGUUACCAACCGACAUUACGAGUUGAAACGAGAAGAAGGGGAGCCUGGAGACGGGGAGGACAGGGAACCAGGCUCCGAGUCUGUCAGCAAUAGCACAUCCAAGUCUGUGAUCAUUCAACAAACUAGUCUAGAUCUGAGAAAAGUCAUCAAAGAAGAAGAAUCCAUGAAGCACAGCCGAAGUCCAAUAAAAAAACGUCCUUAUGUCCCCAUGCAAGGGUCCGAAAAAGAGGUGGUGUACAAACAUUCCCGGCUGAGCACGGACAGCUCAUCAUCAUCAUUACGAAGCUUUACCCCGGACAGGAGACCAUCUUCUGCAGAACAGUCUCCUUCAGCCACGCCGUAUCCUGCCCACGUGCCAGCUCCGACAUCCAGUCAGCUGGCGGACACACGCUACUCACAGCCAUUGCACAUCGACACUUCAUCCCAUCUCAUAAACAGUCAUGGCCCAAGGCCUGUCUCACCAAACAUGUAUCAUCAAUCACCGCUGGCCUCUGACUACCGCAGAGGUAGCAGCCCCGAUAUGCGACCCAGUCGGGAUAAGCAGCCACAGUCGGACCACCACCAUACUGCAGUGGUGGCCCCGAUAAUCCAGAAUCGUUACUGCACGCAGUUGAGUCGUGAGGAUGAAGCUAGAAUCACAGUUCCCCUGCUCACUGUCAAAAUCCAUGAGUCUUUCUAUUCGACGUUCACCUUCCUGAAGCAUCGUCUUGAUGAAAUGCAGUACAAGCUGCGCAACUACCAGGGCAACGAGAUGAUGGACGGCAUCAUCAACAGACUCCUAUCUGGACACUUGGACAAGUCAAACACCUUUCAGGGUUUGGAUGGCCGUCCUCUGAAGAGUGGGGAAGUUUGUUGGAACGCGUUCCAGCGCCUGUUGAACCAGUCUAUCCAGGAUGUGAUCAACUUUGCCAAACGUAUCCCAGGCUUUACAAACUUGGACCAGGAGGACCAGAUCAGCCUUAUCAAAGGGGGAUGCUUCGAGGUUGCGUGUGUUGUACAUGCCCAGUUCAUUGAUGCUGAGUCGAACACGAUAUACCUGGAUGGUCACAGCGCUCUGGUACGGCGGGAUGAGAUGAAAUGUGGCUUCCCCCUUGGUGAACACUUUGUGGAGCUCAUGUUCAACCUGUGUAUACGCUUCAACACCUUUAGAUUGGGCGAUGCGGAGAAGGCUCUUUUCAGUGCGCUUGUACUCAUUUCACCUGACCGUCAAGGCCUGAAGAACCGUGAGAAGGUGUCAAGACUCCAGGAGUUGUUGAUCCAGGCACUCCAGACACAGGUGGCGGCCGCCCACCCUGACGAGGGCGGCCUUUUUCCCCGCCUCCUUAUGUCCAUCUCGUCACUACGUGAGCUCGGUGUGGAACAUCGACGUAUGCUUGGCAGUCUCAAAGGCCAGAUCAGCUUUGCCCACGACCUAUAUGCCGAGACGUUUGACCUGCUGAAUUAGUGUGUUGUAACUUUUUUUGUAAUUUUAAGUGGAUAAAUUGUUUUACUACUUGUUUUUCUAUCAGAAAAAUAUUAAGUGAAAGUAUGUAUACCCGUACCAACUCUGUGAUUCUUUUGAUGCAAUUGAUAUGUACUUUUAUGACAUAUUGCAAACCAAAAUAAUAUUUUAUAUGGAAUAGUUAUAUUGGCAGUACUAGUUUACAAUUCAGACACGGAACAUCUUGAAUCUUGGAAUGUUUUCUUAACAUUGAUAUCUUAACAUUGAUAGGGUUUCUUAUGAAAGUUUAAACUGUAUGAGAAACGUGUUAAGAACUGAAGCCCAUUUCAUGUUGUAAUGCACAAAUUAAAACAUUUUAUAAAUGUCACUAAUUAUUGAAUCAAAUUUUCCUGUCUGCCAAUAAUAUUAUGUUGUAGAAACAUUUUUUGAUUCUUAAAGGAAUUAUUUUAUAAAAUCCUAUCAAAUGUAUAAUAUUUAGGUCGAUGAGAAAAAAUGUUCUAUGCGAAUGAUCAUCCAACUUUCAUGCUUAAUAAAUGUGAGCAGGAGACGGUACCCAGCAUGUAGGAAUAUAUGUGGGCCACGGUCCUAUCAAAAUCAUAGCUUUUUCAUACAUUUCGAAUGACAUUCCGAGGAAGGUAUGAGGCAUGUUUCCUCCAUGUCAAUGACACAAAAACACAUUUUUGGUAAUUUCCUUUUUAAAGUCUAGAAUGUUUGCAACUGCCACAGAUACUCAAUCCUUGUUUUGUUAAAUGCAAAUAAAUAUAUAGUAAUGUUCAGAACAUUUAAACAAGCAACAAUAUGAAAUGUUGAAAGUGUGUAAUCUCUUUAUUUGGUCUUGUAGUAUUACAGGGCUUGUUUUGUGCUUACCAGCCUUAAAGUAUAAGUUCUGGUGAUAUUGAGGUGAAAUCAUUCUAGAGGUUCACUGUAGCUUUAUAGAGAUCCAUCCUCCAUCUAGGUAGAAUCAUUUCUGAGUAAUUAACUGUUAUUUGUUAUUGACCUAAAUAUCGUUGUUGAUUAUCUUUAAUGAUGUUUUGCUCUUACACAAUAUUGUUAUUUAGCCAAGGCAACCAAUCAGCAGUCCAUACAUUCUUACAUAAUAUUGUUAUUUAGCCAAGGCAACCAAUCAGCAGUCCAUACAUUCGACAUACAGCUAUUUAUUUCAUCUCUCAUUUAUAGUUUAAAAUGAUUCCAUAGAACAUGAUUAUUUAAGUGUUAUUAGAUGUUUAGAGAUGUGCUAUUUAAGUCAGAAAGUGCUAUUUAAGUGUGCUGCUUAUUGUAUUGUUGUUUGAAAAACUUGUAAUGGAAGGGAGAGUAUUCACUUACAGUUUUAAGUACAAUUUUACAUUGAUUGAAGUCUGUCACUCAAAGAGGUCUUGGAUAUUCCAUUUUGGGUCCUUUGGCCCUUAUGAUUUCCAAAUUAGGGGUCUCUGGUUAUCAUAUGGAUUCCUAAUAUUAUGUCUCACGCUAAUUGAAUGUUUAUUUUGGGAGUCCCGGUGAUGCACAGUUCUUAAUGUGAUUCCCUGGCUUGAAAAUCGUGUACCAGUAAGUGACUCUGAUUUUGUGCACUGGGUAGAUCCUUGUAUACUGAUUACAUCUGAUUUAGUAAAUAAUCUGGGAAGAAAUUCUCUGCAAAAGCCUAAAAUAUACUAAAAAAUGAUGACAGAGAUAGCAGAUCUCACAUACAAACUUUUUGGUUUUUGUGUUUUUAAAUGAAAGAGCGGAAAGUCUACAUUGUGUAUAUAUAUUAGAUAUAUUGUGAAUUAAAAAUAUUUAUUUAUUUAUGUUUGGCUGUGCGUAUUUGAUGGUAUUUAUUGCUAGAGUGGUAGUUGUUUUUGAAUUUCAUUUUAUAAAUUUUAAGGAAUUCUGAGAUUUUGGGAGUGUCUUUUACAUUGUAUGUUGCAAUUUCUGUUUUGUUAUUAUGCAGAAUUUUUAAAAAUGUGAGUACUUAAAAGAAUAUGUGAUAAAAACCAUUUAUGCUAUUGUAUAUAGCGAUUUGAUUAAGGGAUAGAAAAUAAAUCAGAUCAGAUGUUUUUUAUGUAAAUAGGCCUUUACAAACCCUUUAGAAAAAUGGCUUUGGUUUUGCACAAACUAUGAAUCUGUAACUCCACAGUAUGAAACAUUAAAAUUUGCAUUUUUCUACAUUAGGGUUAUAUUGAUUAUAAAGUUUUUACAAAGUCAGACCACUAAAUCAUAAGCCAAAAGUCUAUGUAAGUAAAAUCAGUGAAAAAUGCAGUUUUAUUGGAAAGAAUCGUCUGACCUUUGCACAGGUUUGUUUAGUGUUUUGUAAAUACUUCAUAUUGUUUCAUCUCCGUUAUUUUAAAUCCAAACCUGUUUACUUUAUUAUGCAAAAUUGAUUGUUCUUUUUAUCAUGUGCAGAUGUUUCAUGUAUUAACUUUUUAAAGUCAAUUUUGUUGAAAUAAAACUAGUUAUUAAUAUGCCAUUUAAGAAUGUUAAAGUCUGCAGUUUGUGCUACAUAAAUUUACACCAAAAAGGUGCUUUUUCCCUAUAUCAUUGUAAUAUAACAUAUCAUUUUAACAUGUUUUAUUUUCAUGUUUUUAAUUCUUUUUAUAUUUCUUUCACUAUGAAAGCAUGUUAAUUUUGAGAAGAUGCCUUGAAAUAAAACACCCAACUUUUAUUAAAUUAAAAUACUUAAUAAAAUUAUUCUUAAUUAUUUUUCUAAUAAAUAACAGCAUCCUUUUUUAUGUAUAUGCUUUGAUAAAAAUAUAACAGUAAAAUGAUGUGGUAAAUGUUUCAAACCAUAGUUUACCAAUGUAUCUGUGAAUUGUUUGGAAGGACGUGAUGUUACAUGUAUUUGCUAUGUAAUUCUGGCUAAUCUUUGUGAUUCCCAAAGAGUCUUCGAUGGUGCUUCGAGGUGAAUUGUACAUGACAUUUUUGCCAUUUUAGAUCACAUUUUAAUAAUUAUUGAAUUGUUUUGUUGUUUUACUUAUUGAGAAUGAUUUAUUUAUUAUAAUUAGCUAUUUGAUGUUGAAAACAUACAGAAAUAUGCUUUGUCUUGUACACUUGCUAUCAACAUGCAUCAGCAUGCAUGUGAGUUUUCAUUGCAAGCGGUAUUUAGGUUCUAUAAACUACGCUGUACAAUUUGCUUUGCUUUAUUACACAAAGUGUAAACGCUUUUAGGUUUCAUGUGAUACUUCAUAUGUAUUACGACAUUCAUUGUUCCAUAAACCCUCAUCUGUGAAUUCCGAUUUGCAUCAGUUGAAUAAAUGGUGUUCAUUCAUUUUAUUAAACACGUUCCAUUCACUUCAAGUGAAAAUAUGUCCAAUGAUCAUACUAAAAUUUCCAUGUUGAUUACAGAUACAUACUGUAUGUUUUUAUCGAGGUUUCACAAAUAAAGGACUGAUGUGAAGGUCAAUGAGACCAUCUUAUCAGAGCACAUAUCAUACAAUACAGUUUUUAAUAAUACAAGGAAAACAUAUUGAGACAAGCUGAGUAGUCUAACAAUCAAAUAUAAACCCUUUUUAGAGGCAUAGAUUGAAAAAUAAAGUUCUGAGUUGUAAUAUUAUCAUUUUCGAAAAUCAUAGUGCUCCAUUGGUAAGUAUGGGCUUUUGAUUAUGCAAGGUAAACUUUCAAGUAGAUGUUGACACUCACUUGUACUUCACUUCAUUCUUGAAAUAAGGAUUAUUUGGUGUACGCUUGUUAAUAAGAUGGCCGCAAUAUUAACAGUAAGCAGAAAGUAAUUUCUUUUUUUUAACACACACAAUUUUACAUUGCCAGUAGUUGUAGGGAUUUAUUCCCGUGUCCACUACAGGGUAGGCAUGAGAGAAAGUUUAGCCAUCGCAUCAAUGUUCAUUUGACAUCCAAAAUCAUCCGGUUUAAAUCACCUUACAUUGAGAAUUCCACCAUUGGGCUCAAAGCCUUCUGUACAUAUGUGAAAGGUGCUUAUCACGAUCAUUUUAAUUGUUAAUAAGUUUGCAAACUACUACAAUACAAUUUUUUGGGGCAGAAAAUUAUUCAAAUUUGACCUGCAUGUUGUACUUUUUAAGCUUUGGUUCUUUUUAAUCAGCCUCAAAAGUGCUGAUCUUGUGCUGUUAUGAUACCUUUUAAAACAAUUAAAUUUGAAGUAACUUGUAUUUUCUGUUUCAAUUUGAAUACUUGUUUGUUGUUUUUUUAGGCAAAUUAUCCAUUGAAGUAAAACCAACACACUUCAUUCGUGCUUCUGCCAUUUUGCUUGAAUUUCCAUGUUGAAUUUAAUUGAAAUAAUUGUCCGAAUGUUUCCUUUCCUACUGUGGUAUAUAAAGUUUACUUUUCAAAAUAACAAUUGCUCAAGAAAGCAAAAAGUGUGCUGAUACAGACACCGGGAACAUUCUAUGACUGAUUCAUGUCAUCAUAGGAUAAAGAAAACAAUUCCAUUAUAUAAAACUAUUAAUGAAUUUAUUUAUUUCAAUUCAAUGAAACAUUUCUUUUAAUGACUUUAUAUUAAAAUAGGGAUACAAUGUUAAGUAGCUUAUCUGAUGCCCUUUUUGACCUAAUCUAAUGUGACUGUUUAUCUAAAAAUAGAAAGUCAUUAAUGUUAUAUUUUAGGAUAGAUUUUUCUAUGUAAGUAAUGUUUUAUGACAAAUUUGGUGCACUUUUUGUUGUAGAUUGGAGACAGAAUUCAGACUUGCAUGCAGAAUGUUGUAUGUCAAUGUAUGUCUUGUGUGGAGUUUAUUUUAUUUUAUAUUUAUAUUGAUGUAAGUUAAUGUUAGUAUAGAGAUUAGAUUGAAUUUAAGAAGUUAAUUACAGUUCAUGUUUUUUUUUCGAACUCUUUCUGAUAUUUAAGCCAAAAUUUUGUUAUUUGUUAGCUGAUAUUACCAUACAAUAUUUAAUUGUGAACUAAGAUUUAACAAUUGUAUUCAACUUUUGAUUCCUUUUAAAAUGUAAAUAACAUUGAUUUAUGGAAGAUUCUCAGACGAAAUUCAAACUGUUUCAAGACAGUGUUAAAUGAAGGAAUACCAAGAACAUAUCAAAUGUUUUAUUUAGUUUUGACUUAAUAAAAAAAUACAUGUUUAGUGAAAAAUACUUGUACCGUUUUCUUUGUAAAAUUGUGAAAAAAAGAGUAUAAAAUGUGUUAAUACAGGGGUGUGUAUGGCUACUUAUUCAAUACCAAGUUCUCAAUAGCUUAUAUAGAUAUUUCUGCAGUUUUAAAUGAAACACCAGUUUAGAAAUAAAAAGAGCAGCAUAUGAAAAUAAAUCCCAACUUUCAUUUGAUUAAUAACAGAAAUGAGUUGACUGAUAGAUUUCAUGUUUCAUUUGAUUAAUAGCAGAAAUGAGUUGACUGAUAUAUUUCAAGUUUCAUUUGAUUAAUAGCAGAAAUGAGUUGACUGAUAGAUUUCAUGUUUCAUUUGAUUAAUAGCAGAAAUGAGUUGACUGAUAUAUUUCAAGUUUCAUUUGAUUAAUAGCUGAAAGAUUUUUCAAGCAUUGCACACCUCUGCAGGAGCUCUAACACAGGUUUAUGUUGCUUAAAUAGAUGUUAUGAAGAUUUGUUUGUGUUUAUAAACUCUAUGUGAUUGUUUAGAUGUAGCAAGGAAACUGCCACUAUGCUGCCGGUCAGGCAAUGUUGUCUUCUAUGUUGGAAUCUCAAGUUUGUGUACUCUGUUCCUGUGUCUGUAUGCUACACAAGUCCAUGAAUAAAACUUCCAUUUUCAGCUUA